ACUACUAACUACACUUCCCAGCAUGCUUCUCGGCUAAACAACAUGGUUCCACACAGACACUGAAGACUUACAAACAUGUAUUCCAACAUUUAUUUCGCAAUGAUGCACAGUUUCGUCGUAAUUAUCUUUAUUUUCGUGAGUCAUGCGUCUGCAGCGGAUACUAAAGUCUCACAGACUCCCCACAGUCCCAGUCAGAGCUAUUUCAUGUCGAUAUGGCACAACAGGCUGUACUUGUAUUCAGCUGCUGCGCUAGUGUUUGGGGUCUGGUUCUCCCUGAAGAUGGCACUGAAGAAGCAAAGCCUCUCCAGGGACGUCGGCUCCUGGGUCUACAAAGCUGUGAAGAAGAACGACUGCUCUGGCAGAGACCCUGUGGUUCACGUGUCAAGGGUUAAAAUCUUCUACGGCUCACAGACGGGAACAGCAAAAAGUUUUGCAAAAGAGCUAUCAGAGGAGGUGAAGACUUUGGGCAUACCAGCUGAGGUGAUUGACAUGAAAGACUACGAUCCAGAUGAUCAGCUUGCUGAUGAGUGCACCAACAAGUCAGUCUGUGUGUUUCUUGUGGCCUCCUACACUGACGGACAGCCAACAGAGAACGCUGAGUGGUUCUGCAAGUGGCUGGAGGAGGCGUCCACUGACUUCAGAUACGGGAAGACCUACCUAAAAGGCCUCAGAUAUGCGGUGUUCGGUCUCGGAGACUCUGUCUACGUCGGCCACUACAACACGGUUGGUAAAAACGUGGACAAGUGGCUGUGGAUGCUGAGUGGCAUGCGUAUCAUGACCAGGGGAGAAGGCGACUGCAACGUGGUGAAGAGCCGUAACGGCAGCGUCCAGGCAGACUUCCUGGCCUGGAAGGUCAAGUUCUUGAACCGCUUACAGGCCCUGUCCAAAGGCGAGAAGAAGAGCUGCAGUGGGAACUGUAAGACUGGAGGCUCCUGUAAGAACAAGAAGAAAGACGGACAGGAGGAGGAAGAGAAGGCAGCUCUGCAGAAUAACAGCUCUGAGGAGGAUCUGAUGGAGUCCAGCAGUGAUGAUGAGGAAGAUGAAAAAGAUGAAAAAAAAUCCGGUGCAGUGGUUGACAUGGAGGAUCUGGGCAACAUCAUGAACAGCGUCAAAAAAGCAAAGAGCAAAGAAGAGGGCCAAGCAGACGGCCAGAUGGUGAAGCUAUCCAAGCUGAACGGCGUGAAGAAGACUGAAGAUGAAGGGGAACGAAGAGAGAUGAUCACUCCUUCCCUUAGAGAAGCGCUGACUAAGCAAGGCUACAAACUAAUUGGAAGUCACUCAGGAGUAAAGCUUUGUCGAUGGACCAAGUCUAUGUUACGAGGGAGAGGAGGCUGUUACAAGCACACCUUCUAUGGUAUUGAGUCCCACCGGUGCAUGGAGACAACCCCCAGCCUCGCCUGUGCUAACAAGUGUGUCUUCUGCUGGAGACAUCACACCAACCCCGUGGGCACAGAGUGGCGCUGGAAGAUGGACCCCGCUGAGAAAAUCCUGCAGGACGCCCUGGAGAAGCAUCAGAACAUGAUUCGACAGUUUAGAGGUGUUCCCGGAGUGAAGCCUGACCGGUACGAGGAAGGCUUGGCUGUCAAGCACUGCGCCCUCUCUCUUGUGGGUGAGCCAAUCAUGUAUCCUGAAAUCAACGCCUUCGUCCGCCUCCUCCACUCCCACCACAUCUCCAGUUUCCUGGUUACCAAUGCACAGUUCCCCAAAGAAAUCAGGAGUCUGGUGCCAGUUACCCAGUUGUACGUCAGCGUGGACGCGAGCACCAAAGAUAGUCUAAAGAAGAUUGACCGGCCGCUUUUUAAGGACUUCUGGCCACGAUUCCUAGACAGCCUUAAAGCCCUGGGAGAGAAGAGGCAGAGGACGGUGUACAGACUGACGCUGGUGAAGGCCUGGAACGUGGAGGAGAUGCAGGCGUACUCGGAGCUCAUAGCUAUGGGCCAACCGGACUUCAUUGAGGUCAAGGGAGUGACGUACUGCGGGGAAAGUUCUGCCAGCAGCCUGACGAUGGCCAACGUCCCUUGGCACCAGGAAGUGGUCGCCUUCGUCCAGCAGCUGACUGACAUGUUGCCUCAGUAUGAGAUCGCUUGCGAGCACGAGCACUCUAACUGCCUGCUCAUCGCACACACCAAGUUCAAGGUGGACGGCGAGUGGUGGACAUGGAUCGACUACGAUCGUUUCCAGGAGCUGGUCCAGGCUCACGAGGACAGCGGGGGAAAGCAGAGCUUCUCAGCCUUGGACUACAUAGCCAAGACUCCCAGCUGGGCUCUGUUCGGAGCCAACGAGCAAGGUUUCGACCCCGCCGACACGCGCUACCAACGGCGCAACAAAACCAAAGACAUCUCAGGAUGCUGAUGAAUGAGAGAGGGAGAGGUAGGACGAGUAGAACAAUCUGAUCCGUGCUGAUCUUUCUAGUUAGAAGGAAAGAGGGGUUGGAUGCCCUAAUUUUCCUGUAAGCUUACUCCCUCUUUUCUCUUCAUUGAAUUUUUAAAUGUAUUGGUUUGACCUCUAAGAUCAACCCAGACUGCCAGAAUCAAUUCAUUCACUUAUUUCCUAGAAAUUCCUCUUUACGUCGACUGUAAGUGCUUCUUUUGCUUUGUUUCUAUACAUAGAUAUUCCCUCUUUUGUUGAAGGAGUCAUUAUUAUACUGUAAAUGUUAAUGGCUUUGAUCUUUAUAACCAUCAUUGGCAGCGCUUGGGAAGGUUUACAUCGUUUAAGUCGGACCUGGCAGCGUCUUCAUCACCGGCCUCGUUUCUGACGUGUUUUUUUUUUGAGAGGCGGCUGUACUGCACAGGACGUGAUUAGCUGAUGGGAAAAGCUCCUUUUACCUCUCCUCAUGUCAUCUGCGGGAGCCGCACAUCUUCCCCAGACACCUUUACUCUUCCACCUACUCAUUAGGACAGCGGUCGUAUGUACUUUUGCACUGAGAGACUCGAGCAGCGAGAUGAGAGCAUCAAGGCUGCAUCUCUACUGGGUGAAACUUGCUUUACAGCACAGGCUUUUUAUUUGCUCCCUUUUGGUUUUUUUUUGAGUGUAACGGUUGAAUUGCUGCACAUUCCCAGCAGUGUGAGGUCUUGGUUUCUUUUACUUUCUUUUUUUAAGACUAUUUUUUUUUAGCAUUAAUCCUUAGUGGGCAGCGAAGAGGCAAACAGGAAACAUGGGGAGAGAGAGAGAUGAGUAUGACAUGCAAGAUAUAAAAUCUAGAUUUCUGUAGUGCAUUUAACAUAAUCUAGACAAUAUCAAUCAUUAUAACACUAAAUCUUACAGCUAAAUUGACACAUACCUAGAUACAAAGAUAAACCGUUAAUGUACAGCACUUUAAAAUGUUUAAUUUAGCCACCAUUCAGGACCAGGUGCGAGUCAUCAUGGGUGGUGAUGUGGCUUCCAUAUGGGUCUAACUCAUGUACACCUCCCCCCUCCCCAAGUCCAACGUGCCAGAACAAAGCCUUUACUGAUGUGUGAUUGAAUCCAGAUGUAUAAAUCAAGUCCAUUUUAAUUAGUUUUUUUUUUAUUCGUAUGUAAAUCCAGAUGUAAACAAUUAUUAAGUCAAUUUUGAUUUGUUUUGUAAGGUUUUUUUUGUUGUUGCAGUGUCUCCCUGUUGGGAGGAACGUCCAGAGCAGCAGGUGUGUGAAUUUAUCACUGUAAUAAAUGUUUUUGGAAUAAUCUGCUUUGUUAUUUGUGGAUUACAUGUACAGCUCACACACACACACACACACACACACACACACACACACACACACACAGAGACACACAGGUGCAUUAAGGCACAUGUGGUAAACUGUAUUUCUGGCAGGCGCUCUAUUGUUAUUACUGUUAUUAUUCAUUUUUUCUCCCUUUAUACUGGCAAAUGGGAGGUUGACAUUUUCAGACUACAAUAGGUCUGGUCAAAGCUUGCUGGGCUGCACUUAGAGGCCAAAAGAAGAGCUUUAAUUGAACAAGGAUGGAGCCAGAGGUGAAGUUCACAAGUGGUACAACAGCCGACAGUUUGAAGCUAAGAUUGAAUUUGUUGCUGCUGUUGUAAUUUAAACAAAAAUGAAACGGCAAAAAAAUAAGUAAUAGUACUAUUUGACACAUUGUACUGAAGACUUACAUUGCCUUUAAUGUAAUGUAAGAUGUAUACAAUUAUACAGUAACACCUGAGCAUAUCUACAGAUACAGAUUGUGACUCAUUGAGUUUUCUUAAAUUAUGAUACUUUAGAUUUUAGUGAUGUGAGCUUACACAAAGCAUGAUAGAGAACUCGCUCUUUAUUGGGCGACCCCACAGAUGAUUGAGGCUGCCGUGUGUGAAGUCGUGUAACUAUGAAUAUGUAUCAGGCGAUGCACUGUUUGUAUUAUGAGUAAACAAGGAUGAGGGGGGAAAAAAUGGAUAAAACUCAUCCUCCGACUGCUGAGCUGUGCUGUGUGGCUCCCAGGAGCAACAAUGUGUAACAAUGACUGUGAAGCAAGAAAUUGCCAAAAAAAAUUAGCAUGAAAACCGUCCUUGAAUAAAUAAAGGUUAUUUCAUUACA